GUCGCGCAUGCGCAUGCAGAGCAGCAGCGUACAAAGAAAUGGCUGUAGAAUCGGCGACCUCUAACGGUACAACUGAUGAAAGCCAUUCAGGAGAAAUAGAAAAGUGUAAUAAAGGAUGGUUAUUGAAGAAAACGCACUACACUAAGCGCUGGAAACAGUUGUGGUUUCAUAUCAGAGAUGGGAAUCUUUUCUACGGUGUUAAUGAAGAGUCAACAGAAAAGGCCAUUAAUCUGGUUGGAGCAAAGGUGGAGUUGUUGGAUGGUGAGGACAGAUUUGGCUGGACCAUCACACCAAGGGACAGUAAACGUACCUUCUUCCUGGGGACCGAUGCUGCAGAAGAGCGUCAAGCUUGGAUGACGGCCAUAUGUGAAGCUCAACUGAGUUCUAAAGACCAUAACUCAAAUGCAUGUGUUGUGCAGUAGUUACCGUUGCAUUUUUGGAUUUUUUUAUAGUUUUCUCUGUUUUUGCUUAUAUGUAAAAUAUGUCCAACCAGGUUCAAGUGUCAGUUUUUCACAAGAACCAUGGAAACCUGAAUGCUAUAAUGAACAGUUUCAGUGAAGGAAAUACAUGCUUUAUUAGUUUUAAACAAGUAAAAUGUUGUGUAUAAAUCUAAUAUAUUUUUACACAAUUUUUAAAAACUUAUACAAGUUGAAGGGAUAGUUCACCUAAACAUAGUUUCUUAUCAUUUACAGUACUCACUCCAUGUCAUUACAAAAUCCAUAGACAGGAACAUAAUAUACAAAUGAAAAAAUAAGGUUUUGUCAGGAAAACAGUCCUUAAUUGUGCUUAAAGGCGGGGUAACCGAUUUCCGAAUUACGCUUUAGACAAGUGAGUCGGGCCGAGUACCAAAACUGACGAAAGCGAAAGAUGGGGGUAGGGGUGUGUCUGUUUUGGUGAUUUGAACAUCAAAAGGCGGACACCCCGCCUUUAAUAUGUUCAUAUGUAUGCUGUAUAAUUUGUAAUAAAUCAAAGGCAUAGUUUCCAGUUAAUGUUCUUUUUUGAGUGGUUACAAAAUCCUUGUAGUUGAUGUCAUUG